CCAUAACGCUACGCCUACGCGUUUCAUCUCCACCACUUGUUAGUCGCAACCAGAGCUUGAAUACGUCUCCACUCAAAUAAUCACAACAAUUUGCUCAUCACCAUGGCGAUAGCAUCAUCUUCUCUUCUUCUGCAUGUGGAGCAGCCUCGCUGGCCACCGGCUUUGCACCACCUUCGCAGUAGAGCAUUUUCAAAGGAGCAUUCUUUCUCUGCUGUACAAAACAGAACAAGAAACGUACGUGUAUCGCUUUCCAGGGCUGAAGCUGAUAUCAGUGAAGAGGAAAUUGUUAUCGUCGGGGCCGGAAUUGCGGGUCUUGCAACGGCUGUUUCUCUUCACAGGCUUGGGGUUCGAUCACUGGUUCUUGAGCAGGCAGAUUCACUUCGAACUGGGGGAACAUCGCUCACUCUUUUCAAAAAUGGGUGGCGGGUUUUGGAUGCAAUGGGAGUUGGAAACUAUCUCAGGAGUCAAUUCCUUGAAAUUCAAGCGAUGACGGUGAAGUCAGAAGAUGGAAGGGAGCUGCGCUCCUUCACAUUCAAGGAUGAAGAUGAAAGCCAAGAGGUGCGCGCCGUCGAGAGGAGAAUACUUUUGGAAACUCUUGCAAAUGAGUUGCCGCCUGGGGCAGUUCAGUUCUCAUCAAAGUUGGAAAAGAUUGGAAGAAGUGAAAAUGGUGAUGCUCUUUUGGACUUUGAGGAUGGAAGGCAAUUACUUGCAACGAUUGUUAUCGGCUGUGAUGGGAUUCGGUCUCCAGUUGCUAAAUGGAUGGGUUUCUCUGAGCCAAAGUAUGUUGGCCAUUGUGCUUUUCGGGGACUUGGAUAUUUCCCUGAUGGCCAGUCACUUGAACCAAAAGUGAAUUACAUCUAUGGAAGAGGAUUGCGCGCUGGAUAUGUUCCUGUUUCUCCCACAAAAGUCUACUGGUUCAUCUGCUUCAACAGUUCAUCUCCAGGUCCCAGAAUUAGUGAUCCAUCCGUGUUGAAGAAGCAAGCUAAAGAACUCGUCAGAAACUGGCCUUCUGAACUGUUGAAUUUAAUAGAUCUCACGCCAGAUGAAACAAUUAUAAGAACUCCCUUGGUGGACCGUUGGCUGUGGCCAGCAAUAAGCCCUCCUGCUUCGACAGGCAAAGCUGUGCUGGUUGGAGAUGCAUGGCACCCAAUGACGCCCAACCUUGGGCAAGGCGCAUGUUGUGCUCUGGAAGAUGCAGUAGUUCUGGCUAGAAAGCUUGCAAAGGCAUUCAAAUCUGAACCUGCCGCUUUAGAAGCGGCUCUCAGAUCAUAUGAAAGAGAGAGAUGGUUCCGUGUCUUCCCAUUAACCAUACGGGCAAAUCUUGUUGGAUCACUUUUGCAGUGGGAGAACCCGGUAAUUUGUUCUGUUCGCAACAACUUUAUCGUACCUAAGCUUGUUAGGAUUGGAACAAUGUUAGAGCAUACAAAUUUUGAUUGUAAGCCUCUACAGGCGUCGUAAAACUUGUGAAUUUCAUUAUCUUGGUAUUAGUAAGACUCAGAUACUUGUACCCUCCACCUGGGUGAAGGCUCCCACUCUGUCUCGGACCUCCAGCUUGUGUACUUACUGUAAUUCUUUGUAUAGAAACCUUAAUGAGUUUCGCAAGAGCUAUAAAUACAUUGAUACUGGUUGUGCUAUGUCGUAUUACG